CCGUCCGGACUGUAGCUGCUGUGACACCGGGUCCGUCCUACAUGUGUUUUUGGACUAAAAGCGACGUAUUUUUGCUUUUUAUUACAUUUUAUAAGACAUUUAAAGAAGUUCCACAUUAAUCUGACUCUUUAUAUUUUUGUAACGUUUCCUCCAAAAUGGCGGCUGAUCACUUCCGGAAACGUUAAUCUGUAAAAAUCUGCUGAUUUUUUUUCUUCAUGUGCAGAAAAUUCUAGCAGGUUCUAUGGAGGUUCUGGAGGAGCAGCUGAAGGUUCUGUCAGUGUCCCGGCGGUCCCGUCCAGAGGAACCCACCUACCUGCUGGACGUGGUGCUGCAGCCCGGCGGUCCGUUGGCCGUUUCCUGCUCCAACUUCAGCGUCCGGCUCCACGACAGGGAGAGUCUCCGUCCUCUGGGGGAGUUUCUGGGUCACUCCGGUCCAAUCUGCGGCGUCACCUUCGCCCGCCGCUCCUCAGACCUGCUGUUCUCCGGUUCCGCCGACGGCUCGGUGCGGCUCUGGGACGUCCGGCGCCGCGGCUCCAACGCCGUCCAGACGUUCGGCAGCGACUCGACUCACAGCUUCUGCAGCUUCGACCUGAACUGCAGCGACGCUCUGCUCUGCGCCGGGACCGAGCAGGUGGACGGCGAGGACAGCUUCCUGGUGUUCUGGGACCGCAGGAAAGCCGGCGCCGACCCGCUGGGCGUCUACUCAGAGUCGCACAGUGAUGACAUCACACAGGUGCGCUUCCACCCCCAGGACAAAGACCGGCUGGCGUCCGGCUCCACCGACGGCCUGGUCAACGUGUUCGACCUGAGCCGCGGCGCCGAGGACGAGGCGCUGCUGGCCACCCUGAACAGCGACUCGUCGGCCGGCGCCGUCUGCUGGUGUGGCCCCGCCUCCAGCCGGCUGCUGUGUCUGAGCCACGACGAGGGGCUGCACCUGUGGGACCUGAGCAGGCUGGACAGCGACCAGCCACUCAGCCUCUUCAGCGCCGCCGACACCCGGAGCCUGGAGCUGCUGCCGGGCGGUGGCGGCGUGGACUACCUGGUCGGGGGGAGCUACCUGGAGGAGGCGGAGCUUCUGUUGGUGGUGGGCGGGACCAAGAGCGGUGAGCUGCACCUGAUGAGCUGCGACGGCGGCGGGCUGCGGCUGCUGAGGAGCCUGGAGGGAGGACACGCCUCCACGGUGCGCUGCUUCCUGUGGGACGCCCAGGGGGAGGCGCUGGUCACCGGGGGGGAGGACGCCCAGCUGUUGCUAUGGAAACCGGGAGGGGAGGAGCUGACGACGGGGAAAAAGGAAACGAUGAAGAGCCAAUCAGCUUUAAGACUCAAAUCCAGACCUCAUAAGAAACACGCCUACCAGAGAGAGAAGACGACGUAGAAGAAGAAGAAAGAAGAUAAUUCUGGUUUAUUUAGGUCACAUGAAAGAGUUAAAGGAGAUUUAUCUGUUUUUAUGACUCCAUUUGUCAGAAAAUACUGUCAAAAGCCAGAAAAACUAGUAUUUUUACAGUGUUUUUAUUCGUAAAAUGUUCUAUAAAUCAGACUGUGAUAAACAAUAAAUGAACAAACCUUCAGAAUAUUAACAUUAAUUAAUUAACAAUUAAUGUCCCAUCUGCUGAACAGAUUUCUGUCUAUACAGAAAUGUUUUCUAUUUAAAAUCUACAGAAGCUAACAGACAAACUGAAGCAAAAUAAACUCAUGAAUGUGAAUUUUGGAUUUUUUCUUUUAUUCUGAAAUAAAUCCGAGAGAGACACAAAACAACCAAUAAUAAAAGCAAAGGAACUACAAAGAGAAACUCUAAAAACAUAUAAAACUACUGCAAAAAUACACAAAACACUCCUGCAUGUAUUAAAAUGAGUUAAUUUAUUAUUGAUAUAAAUAGAAACAACGCCAACAUUUAAAGAAGUUGUUUGGAAUAAACAGAAUGCUGGAGAGAUUUACUGCACUAUGUUCAGUUAUUUUCUGAAUUCUUCUUGAAUCUAGUGUUUAACUUUUUAGUUUUACACCUGAGGAACUCAAAAUUGCCCCAAAUGAAAAAAAAAAUGUUCAAAAUGAUUUGAAAAAUUUAGUUUUGAGUUACUUUUGAGUCAUUUUGAACAAGUUUUGAGACAAUUUUGACUAUUUUUUUGACAUUAGAGAUGUUUUAUGUUACUUUGGACAAGUUUCAAAUCGUUUUGGACAAUUUAAGACAAAGUACAAAACUACAUCAAUAAAAUAAAUGCAGCAUGGCUCAGAAACGGUGAACAGAGGAGCAAGUUGUUGGAGAUACAUUCAGUAUGGAGAAACAUCUUUCUACAGAUGAUGAACAAACUUAAAAGUGGACUAAAAAUUGUCCAUUAGGACUCAUAUUGUCAAUUUCAACACAUUUUGGGCCAUUUUGAACACAUUUCAGGUUAUUUCAAACAUUUACUAGUCAUUUUGGGAUUUUUUGUUACUUUGGAGCAUUUUUGAGUGAAUAUGGGCAAUUUUAUAUUACUUUGGAUUUUACAUACAAAAUUCCAACCUACUGGAUCAAUAAAUAAAUGCAGCAUGGCUGAGAAACAGUGAACAGAGGAGCAAGUUGUUGGAGAUACAUUCAGCAUGGUGAAACAUCUUUCUAAAGUGUGAAAACGGUGGAUUUGCAAACAUUGGAAACAAUGUAAGUAAAAAAUAACAUAAAUAACAGUAAAAAAAAUCCAUAAUCUGUGCAACAUCCACAUAUUUCCUGUGUGUUGAUUCUAUUUUUGUUGGAAUUAAAGAAAUUAAACUUU